AUGACAUCAACAACAUCAUCAAUAUCAUCAUCAUUAUAUACAUUCAAAGUUUGCUUUGAUGGGGAUGUUAGACGAUUCUCAUUCCAGAACGAACCGACGUUCAUCGAUCUGGUCAACAAGAUAAACGAUUUAUUUCAUCCAAAGGAGCAGCUGGUCAUCACAUAUCUAGAUGAGGUCGGCGACAACAUCACCAUAUCACAACAGGAGGAAUUGGAUGAAGCCUACAGCUUCCUACGCGAGUCAAACCAACAGAUACUCCGACUGUCAGUGGUGCGCAAGUCAAACUUCAACAACUUUAUCAACAACAACAACAACUCAUCGUCGACAUCCUCAACUUCACAGACUUCUUGUAACUUUAGAUCCAACAAUGUUGGCGGUGGUGCCAAUGGUAACAACAAUAGCAAUGCUGGCAACAAUAACGGACUGGACAACUUGUUUGUCUCACUGCUAUCCAAUCAAUUCGUCCAACAAAUGAUACCUCAGGUGAUCAACAAUCUUGCCUCUAAUCCAGCAUUGAUGACAUCAUUACUCCAGACUACCAGCUUGGCAAUGAGGCACCAGACUCCACCAAACACUGCUCCACCGUUGGGCGUCAGCAACAACUUCCAUACAUCGCUUGAUGCCGUCGCCCUGCUGAAUCAACCCUCGCCACAGACACUGCCCAUGUCACUGCAGUCUACUACUGCAUCAUCGUCGACUCUGUCUCCAAACUCAGCGUACAACAACUCCACCUCGCCAACCCACUCACUCAACGCACAGAACAAUCACUCGAACAAUACUACCAACAGUGGCCACUCGCCAUCAUCAUCGCCAGGAUCGUCCACUUACAGCUCGUUGGAUGCCAAGUCAUUCGAGGAGAUAUCAAACUCACCAAAGGAUACAUCACCGAUCGCCUCUCAAGUGGCCGCAUCUGAGCCGACCACACCAACCAAGGUGCCCACACCAACCUCCACUCACAAGCCCAACGCCACCAUGUUCUCCGUGCCAAAGAUAUUCAAUCAGUUGCCAUUCUCAUUCGCAUCGGGACGUGGAACAUCAACCGCCGAGCCCACAACAAAGAAGGAUGAAACUACCAACAUCCCCAUCCAUGUUCCACAGCAGGUCCAAUACAUCACACCUCAGCCAUAUCAGUCGCCAGUGUAUCCACCACCUCCAGGUGCCGAGCCCAUCCGCCAGGCCCAGCAACAUAUAUACCCAGUGAUCCCUAACCAACUGCCACCACUUGGCUAUCACCCUGGCAAUCACGUGCAACCACAACAACAGGAUGCCAACAUAAUGCAUACAAGCUCACCUCUACAGACAGCCUAUGGCUUCCAGCCACAACAACAACAGCAACAACAAAAUCCGUACCUUCAUCCACAACCACCAUCUCCUCAACCAAUAUCUGUGGCCUCUCCAUCGAUAGUCUCGCACAACAAGGACGUGAUCACCCUAAUGGAUGCACUUAGAGUCAAUGAGCACAAGGCCAACGAGCUGUUAGCCAAGUACAAGGGCAACGCAGCCGAGGCCAUGAUCAUGGAGUCAACAGAGUAG